AUGGUAUGCAACACCGCGAUGCCGCGUACUCGCGGGCCGCCGAACCGGAGGUCGGUGUACUGGUGGACUGGCGAAAUAACUGACUUCAGGACGGCGUGCGCCAAAUCCAGAGACCAGUACACCCAUGCCCUCCGCCACAAGGAUGUGACGGCAGUGGCAAAAGCAACGGCGGCGUACAAAGGAUAUCGUCAAGCACGAAAAGCCCUUCGUACUGCUAUAAGCCAGGCCAAGUCCAGGGCGUGGAAAAAGCUCCUCGAGACUCUCGACGCUAAUGCGCCCAUACAAGCUUGUUAUGGGAAUGAGUGGCCCUCUCCGGAGCCGGAGUCGGACCCAGUUGAGUGGUCAGACGAGCUGGAGGAAAAGCUGCGCUGGGCCGUCCGUCGAAUGACACAAAAGAGCACUGCUCCUGGUUCUGACGGCGUGCCCGGCAGAGUUCUGGAUCUGGCUUUUGGACAAGGUCCCUUGGAAGCUUGUUUCAAGCAUAUUCUCACCGACUGUCUAAGGACAGGGUGGUUUCCCCCAGAAUGGAAGCAAGCCAAGCUUAUCCUCCUCUGGAAGAAGGGUCGGCCUGCGGACUCACCGUCCGCAUAUCGGCUGAUCUCUCUUCUGGAUGAAGCGGGAAAGUUAUUGAAGCGAGUCCCUCACGGACGAGUCGGUCAGGCAGGGGAGGUGGCGUUGGCGGUGUCCUUAGACAUUUCCAACGCCUUUAACUUCUUCCCCUGGGACAGCAUAGGGCGGACGCUAGAACAUCACGGCGUUUUGCCCUAUCUGAGCAGGAUCCUCGGAGACUAUUUCCGCGACAGAGGAAUAGGAUAUACCGACCGAUUCCCUUGUGGCGCGAAAACUAUCUGCUAUGCAGACGACACCCUCGUGGUGGUCACGGGGGACAACUGGAGGUGGACAAGGAUACUGGCGCAAGAGAGCACGCGCUAUGUCGUCGGCAGAAUUGAGAGGCUAGGUCUCAAGGUGGCGAUUUACUAG